AUGUGCACCACCCCGCCUGUGUUUCUGACCUGGGCGGUCCUCUCGACUUUGCUGGGCACUUUUCUUCUUUUUCAUCUGUGGAAGUUCGAUCGAUUCAAAUGCCUGCGCUGGAAUAAUGGUCCUUAUUCCGGCGCGUUCAAGCGUGUCAUGACGUAUACCUAUUUAUUGAGCAUACCGUUGAUCAUGGCAUACUCGAUCGGCUUCUGCGUGAUCAUGUACAAACUCGGCUACAUGAAGAUGCCUGGGUACGGACUCAUGCCGCUCCCCUUCGCGCUCUGGCCACCACACUACUACCGCGCCAUCUUCCCGCUCAACAUGCUGUUCUCCAUCGCAUGGGCUCUCGAAAUGAUCACACAUCUGGAAGAGCUCUGCUUCUGGCUUUUCCUCGUCAACGCCGGUUCAGUGCAGCAGGACUGGUUUCGCAGCCUGUACUUCAAGUCCUGGAUUGCCGGCUCUGUUCUCGCUAUAUAUAUGCCCAUCGUCACCAUCGUCACCCGUUCCGACCCUGCCAAGAGCGUGGCGGCCACCUUUCUGGCCGGCAGCCUCGGCGAUCUCUCCCUUACCCUGUGGUUCCUGCCCGUCCUAUUUAUGUUCCCUUCCUUCUUGCGAAGUCUGAAAUCAGAAGGCGUGGACAUCAGUACUAUCGUGCGUCUCACAACCUUCCACGAGCUGAACUGCAUCCGCGUCGUCUUCCGUUUCUUUUUCUGCGCACCGUUUUUGAUCCUGGGCGUUGACGGCAUCACGUCCCGCCUCCUCGUCAACACCAACCUGUUCGCGUCCGAGUUCCUGGCCUUCCUGGCAGCCAUCGGGUGCAUGGUCUCAUCGGGCAUCACUCUCGUGAUCUUCUUCCCGCGCUCGAUCGAGACGGAGGUGCGCGCGCGCAACGCGUCGCGCGACAAGUCGCACCUGCACACCUUCCCGUCCGAGCGCGACUCGUGCGGCGCACCCCCGCCCGAGCCGAAGGGCAGCGCGCCGCCAUACACCGCGACGGUCUCCCUGACGAAGCUCGCGCCGUACGGGGACGCGCCGGAGGAGGAGGACAAGGCGCGCCCGCUCGACAUUGAGGCGCCCGGCGUGCCGCCACUGACGGCGACGGCGAAGAAGAUGUUCGCGCCGAACCGGCGGCUCGACUCGGGCGCGACGGUCGAGGGCCGGGUGCAGACCGUCGGGCUGACGGAGCACAACCUCGCGCGGCACAACUUCCAGUCGUCGAGCGUGCACCCGUUCGUGCACAAUUUCACAUCGCCGAUCGACCUGAUGCAGGCGGAGACCUACCAGGGCGUCACGCGGUACAAUGCGCGGCGGUAUGCCUGA